AUGGCCGUGGCUUUAGACGCAGUGUGGGUGAGGGUCAAGAAUGUCCUCAAACAGAACGGUCUCCUCAUCCUGUCCGUGUUGGCUGUGGUCAUUGGGUGUCUUCUGGGGUUCUUCCUGAGAACACGACGUCUCUCAGAGCAGGAGGUGAAGUACUUCCAGUUUCCUGGUGAACUCCUAAUGAGGAUGCUGAAGAUGCUCAUUUUGCCGCUUGUCGUGUCCAGCCUGAUGUCUGGACUGGCGGCUCUCGAUGCCAAGUGCUCCAGCCGGCUCGGCCUGAUCACCGUGUCGUAUUAUCUCUGGACCACGUUUGUGGCCGUGAUCAUAGGGAUCAUGAUGGUGUCCAUCAUCCACCCGGGCGGAGCGGCCCAGAAGGAGGACUCUGAGGACAGCGGCAAGCACAUCAUGAGUUCUGCCGACGCUCUGCUGGAUCUAAUCCGAAAUAUGUUCCCAUCAAAUCUGGUCCAGGCCACUUUUCAGCAGUACCAAACACGGAGCCAGCUCAUCAUGAAGCCGAAGCCGACGGUGAGUCAGGCCCAGUCAGAGUCCACCACGCGGCGGCCGCUCAUCUACGGCAUCCAGGACGAUAACGGCAGCGACAUCCAGAACUUUGCUCUUGACCUCACCCCGCCUCCGGACGUGCUGGUGCGCACUCGUGAAGGAACGAGUGACGGAAUGAACGUCCUCGGGAUCGUUAUCUUCUCGGCCACCAUGGGCAUCAUGUUAGGAAGAAUGGGCCCCAAUGGAAGCGCCUUGGUCAACUUCUGCCAAAGUCUCAAUGAAGCGGUUCUUAGAAUUGUGGCCAUUGUCAUAUGGUACUUUCCAUUCGGCAUUGUUUUCCUGGUGGCUGGUAAAAUCCUGGAGAUGAGUGAUCCCUCUGCAAUGGGGAAGAAGCUGGGUUUUUAUGCCAUCACCGUGGUGUUUGGUUUGGUGUUGCACGGCUUGUUCAUCCUGCCUGCCAUGUACUUCUUCAUCACCAAAAAGAGCCCCAUCGUUUACAUCCGGGGAAUCCUGCAAGCCUUGCUUAUAGCCCUGGCUACUUCCUCCAGUUCUGCCACUUUGCCUAUAACCUUCAAGUGCCUCUUAGAGAACAAUCACAUUGACCGGCGCAUCAUCCGAUUUGUGCUCCCAGUGGGCGCCACCAUCAACAUGGACGGCACUGCCCUUUAUGAAGCUGUGGCGGCCAUCUUCAUUGCACAAGUUAAUAAUUAUGAGCUGGAUUUUGGCCAGAUCAUCACUAUCAGCAUCACAGCGACUGCAGCAAGCAUCGGAGCAGCAGGGAUACCACAAGCUGGACUGGUCACCAUGGUAAUUGUGUUGACAUCUGUUGGAUUGCCCACUGAUGACAUCACCCUCAUCAUUGCAGUGGACUGGGCACUGGACAGAUUCCGAACGAUGGUAAAUGUAAUGGGGGACGCUUUGGCCACAGGCAUCAUGGCACACAUCUGCAGGAAAGAUUUCAUGAAAGAGGGAGAUGGGGUACCUCUGGUCUGUGAGGCUAAAAUCCCAGUGAAUCCCCCACCCACAAUGAACUGCCACAACAACAAUGGGAACGUUCGACCGCCUUCCUCAGGAGUCAAACACAAGCUCAUCCCGCCUGAUGUUGCUCGACUAAUGCAGCUUGAGGAAGGUGUUCAGCAGAUUUCAGACAAAAAGAAACCUCCAAUUCCUCCAAGAUAUCUGAAGAAGAGCAAACAACACUGCACUAUUGACAUGAAUGGCCUUGAGACCAAUGUAUAGCCUCUGAGUGCAAUUUCAUUUGACAUUAGUGUAUUUGGACAGAUGGAUGCCCAGAAGCAAAGGAAACUGGUAAAGGCAUCAAUAUUGUAUUUUAUAUCCUGCGGUACCAAAAUCUAUCUAUCUACCUAUCUGUCUAUCUAGCUAUCCAGCUAGCUAGCAAUCUGUCUGUCUAACCAGCUACCCAGCUUGUUGUAUACUGCAGCACUGGUCACACCAAAAGAAAUGACAUAAGUUGUACUUUUACUUAAAGGUCAGAAUUUGUGAGCAGUAGACACUGGCCAGAGUCAGACCUUGGAAAACAUGGAAAAAUUGGCUGGAAAGUUUUUAUGUGGAGAAAACUUCUAGUCCACCGGCACCGAUAUGGUUUAGUUGAAAAUAAAUUGACAUAAGUUUCACCCAAAUUACACGCUGUGUGUGAUGAAUGGAGUUUGUUUUCCAGCUGUGAUAGUUUUUGUUUUGUUUUGUUUUUUAAUUCAGACUCUGUCGGGUUUUAAAAACCUCUUAUUGUCAUUUCUUCAUUGCGAGGAAGAGGACUGCAAUGCCGUUUCUCUCCAUUGCCACUAUGUUUAAGCAUUGUUUUUCUGACCCAGGACUGGUUUUCAUGCUCAAACAAGACGUCGCUUCUUGUUCCUCUCAAUUUACAGAUUCCUUAGCGACGGGACGUUCCCGCUCACAUAGUGAAAACAUGUUUACAAUACAAUGAAGUAAAGAAAAUUACAAUGACUGGUUGGAGCACAUUGUGAGGUAACAUGUCUCUGCCCCAGAGUCAGAUAUUGACUGAUGCAAUUGUAUAUUCAGUUAAGAUAGUCCAGUCACUUGUCUGAAAAAUGCACCAAAAGAAGGAUUCUGUAGAGUCUAUGUGUGUGUACUCAAGUGUGUGUACGAUAAGUUGUUCCUCACCUGGAACUGCAGUGAAUAAUGUUGAGUGUCAGAAAUACUGACACACAAAAGUCUGUUACUUUCACUUGACAUCUUGGUACUAGAAUCCAAAACCAAGUUCUCAAACGACAACUUUUUCCUCCAUAACAAACUUUUAAUCUUCUGUGGCACCUUAAUGCUCAACUCCUUGACCAGUUUUUUCUUGAGCGUUCGUCAGAUUGAUUACACACUUUGUCUGCUUCUGUCAGUUGCAGGAAAAAUUCUGACUUUCACGGAUGGUUUACAGAACCACAUCCAUGCAAAAGGACAUACAUUCAAGCUUGGUGAUGAAAAGGUAAACUUAAACGGUUUUGCCUUCGUAUGAUCCUUGGCUGAUAAGGAUGGGAACUGAAGUGAUUUUGUUUUGUAUGUUUCAACCGAUAUGAAGAAAAAAGACACAAAUUUAAUGACUUUUGGCUAAACUUGAUCAAAGCAAAAGACUUGGGACUUUAUUUGGAUUUGACCUUUUUGAUAUUUCUUCAACAAACUAUUAACGUUGAACAUUUCCAGCCACCUUUCACAAUUACCCAGCCUCCCUGUAACAAUACAACAUCCAACGAAGUUGCCGAAGAUAAGCAUGAAAAAAUUUGGAGAAAGAAAUGUUUCCAGAAAUGAGGUGGUGAAAAAGGAGCAAUGUCAAGUGUGCAAGGCUGGACGGAAAGCCAACCAUGGCAAUCAAGGUUUGGGACUAACAUUAAUCAAAUGCUAUCUUAACAAAAAGGUUUUGUUUUUGUUUUUUUUGCUUGCUACUUACAUCAUAGAGACAGAAAAGUCAUUUUGUUUACAGGAGUUGACGUGUUGGCUGAUCUCAUUGAUUAAUCUGAAAAAAACACACACAUUUACACCCAGUAUAAUAAUAAUACUUUCACUUGUUUUGUCUAAUGAACAGUCCAAGUCUCAAAACUGUUAAGAUAAAUAAGACUCUUACAGCACAAAUAAACUCCUAACUCUUGUCUAUAUAUUUUUUGUGCCUGUUUAUUUGAGUUGCUGCCUGUGUUUCGCCAAUAUUAAGGAUUGAUUAUGUCCACAGCCAAGGCUGUUUCAGAAAGGAAAAAAGAAAAAGUCAAUCAGUGGACCACUCUUUUCCUUUUGAUCAGUGGAUCUGCUAGAGUGGUGAAAACAAUGCUCUCAACGUUUAUCAGACUGGCAUAUUCAUAGUUUCAGCUGCUAUGUCCGAACAUUCAUUUCAUACAAAUCAGGGCAGAAUGUGAUGGGCCUCUACAGCAGGGUUGUGCAUAUGGCUAAUGGCUAAUAUCCAAUUCACAUAAAAAACAGAAACACUUACAAUAAAGUCAGGCCUACACAGACUGCUUUCACUCCACUGCAUCAUUCUUUUCAUAUGCACAAAAGUUUCUGAAGGCCAAGAACCAAGCAUAGAAAUUAACAGUCAAACAUAUGGAACGUAGAUUAUGCAAGAAAGACAGAGACAAAAAAACAACCUUGCUCUGUUUAUAUUAAGUGAAUCAAGUGAUCAGUGGUACAAACACAAAGUAUAGUCUGUGGUAAGAGAAUAGAACGGGUGUGCCAACCAGCCUGACUUGCAUCUCUUCAAAGCCUUGUUCACAAUCAUCUGACCAAUGGUAACCUAACUGCCGUUGCCACUGACAACCCUAAAUCUUCUGCAUUUCAUCAGCUAUUAGCUCUUGGCUGCCAAUUUUGCAAAGCCUUCAAUAAAUAAUCUGUAGUAGCUGACAAACCCCAGAAAGGACUGCAGCUCUGGGCCACUGGUUGGACAAGAUUCAUUCUUUACAGUAGAGAUUUUAAUUAAGUCCAUGGACUGACUGGAAAUAACCAAGACUAGGUAUUUUAUGUCUUUCCUGAAGAAUCCACUUUUUUUGAGCCUCUCUUUUAGUCCCUCUUGUUUCAGGUGGCUUCAUCACAGUUUCCAGACGAUGCAAACGUUCAGCAACUGAGGAAGAGAGAACCUCAAGGUCAUCCAAGUAUAACAGAGACCGACAAUAUUGAGACCCAAACAUUUGCUCCAUUAGUGACUGAAACGUGUUGGGGGCAUUGCGAGGUCCAAAUAGCAUUCUGUUAAAUUCAAACAACCCAAAAGGCUUACAGACGACAGUCUUUACCUUAUUAGGUAUGACAACAAAACCAAAGUUAUUGUGUUUGACGAUCACACCUUCCUAGGCAAACUGAUUUCCUUGGCUCCCUUAGCAGUCCAUCGCUCCUCCACUGUCAGGAGUCUCUGAGUGUUGUUAGGUAGUUCCUUGAAAUGUCAGAAAGUGUCCACAGUAGUCAGGAUUUUCUUGUAUCACCAAAUUACCAAAGAUAAAUCUUACAUUCUUCCUAAAAAUCUUGAAAAUCUUUUACAUUAAUUUGUUACCUCUAGAUUGGACUACUGCAACUCAUAUUAUGACCUGGAUCAGUCGACUCUCCAUCGUCUGCAGUUAGUCCACAAUGCCAGAUCUCCCAGCCAGAUGCUUGUAGUGCAGUGGAGAUCAAGGUUUUUGCUGCAUGAUCUUUGAGAUUGUGAUGUUGUAAUCUCCAGUUUUUCAUGCUGUUAGUUUGUGCUGGUGUUGGUCAGAGGGCCCGGUGGGGCCGGUGCCUGGCAGCCUCUCCUCUAUCAGACUGGCCCAGGGCCGCUGUGGCUACUAGUAGGUAGCUUGGUACCAUUAGUGUGUGAAUGUUUUUCAAACAAAGACAAACAUUUCUGUGCCAAACUGUUCAUUGAUGUGACAUGCUUUUCUUUAAAGAAACACAUGUCACAGUUUUUGAUGUUAUUCUUUAGUACAUUAAAUACAGUAUGUACAAAUACUGAAGCUCCAACUAAACCUUUGUCAGAACAGCGUAUGAAAUCUCUUAGAAAAUAUUUCUACAAAAAUUACUGACUGUUGUUUUUCAUGGAAAAGCAAUUUCACUAAGUUAGAAAUGUAGGCAUCUACCGUUCAGUCGCUGUUGACAGUGUCUAUGUAUUGGAGAUGAUUGGUGUUAUUACAGGGAAUGCUUGAGAAGUUUGCCUUGAAACAGCAGAAAAUUACUCUCCUACAUGAAAGAUUUCAGUGAUUGUCUCACACAUAAGGUCGAACUGCUUUCAGGUUUUCAGUCUUAUGACCAACAGUAGAUUUCACAGUUUCAGUUUUCCUCAUCAAGUUAUCUAACUUCUGUGAUGUUGACAUUCAUCUGUGCCUUCUUUCAGCCAUACACAACCCCCCCAAUAUGGAGCACUGUGGCACUUGGUGCAUAUUGAGACCAAAUGAUUGUACGUCAAACAACUUUCAGUUUGUAGGACAAGCUGCAGCGAUGUUAUCCAGAAGAUUCUGCUGACUCUAAGGAAACAGACAGCAAUUUCUUUUUCAGCGUUUUCAAUGAUUUAUUGCUUUUUUGAAUGACUGUAAUACUCUAUGUGACGAUACAAGGCUACAAUAUGUGCAAGUGUCUGUGUUCAUAGCAACAUGAUGAAGGUUAUAUGUUAGUUAAGCAUUUUAAUUUGAUAAGAAAUAUUUGAUAUCUUGGUGGAAAACAGGCUGGGUGUAAAGGAAGAGUAGCAGGAACUUCUUCCUCAGCUAUAUUGAUAAGGGGUUUUUUUUUUCUUUUGAUUGAAGUAUUGCAUCCAAAAAUACAGCAUAAUACAGAAAGUAAUAAGAACAUGCAUAGCUCAUUAUUUAUUUCUACACAGGAGUAAGUCAUUGGUUGUAUUUAGUGUAACAUUAAAGAGGUUCUGGCUUCAGAUCAGUGCUGAAAUCUAAAUGUUUUCCAGGUUAUGUAUGAGGCAUAAGUCUGAUCAUUCAUCAUUUUAAUUGUAUCUGGAAUUAAAAUGAUAAAUGUGAUUAACUUUGAUGGGUUAGCUUUGGCUGCACAGUGGUGCAGUUGGUACCACUGUUGCCUUACAGCAAGAAGGUCCUGGGUUCGAUUCCCGCCCCGGGGUC